UCGAAGAGACGUCUUCUCUCUCCUUUAAACGAAAAGGAAAAUAAAAAUCAUAUACUAAAAUGUUUAAGACUCCAUUGCACGAAAAACGUCGUGUGUGCGUUAUAGGAGCUGGCACUGCGGGUCUGUGUGCCUUGAAGAAUUCUCUAGAAGCUGGUCUAGAUGCAGUGGCCUAUGAACGCGGCACAGAAAUUGGAGGAACUUGGGUCUUCUCCGAUAAAAUGCCCAAAGAUGAAUACGAAGAGGUGCAUAGCAGCAUGUACGAGGGAUUGCGAACGAAUCUGCCCAAGGAGGUAAUGGGUUAUCCAGAUUUUCCCUAUCCCAAUGACAUUGCGGAAUCUUUUAUCACUUCACAUGAGGUAUUGGAAUUCCUGCAAUCGUAUGCUGAUCAUUUCAAGCUCAGGCCACAUAUUAAGCUUCAACACGAGGUCAUUAGGGUGCGACCCCGUUUGGAUGAUUGGGAGGUUUACGUUUGGGAUCAUGUAACAAAUACCUGUGAUCCUGUUUACUACGAUUUUAUCUAUGUAUGCAAUGGUCAUUAUACAGAACCAGAUCUACCAGAAAUUGAGGGCAUGGAUCUAUAUGAGGGAGAACAGAUUCACAGUCAUCUAUAUCGUAAGGCAGAUAAAUAUAAAGGUGAAAAUGUUUUGGUCAUUGGAGCCGGUCCCAGUGGCAUGGACAUUGCCAAUCAUGUACGCAAAGCGGCGAAACAUGUAUAUCUAAGCCAUCAUUUGGCUGCCACACCAAAUACCGCCUUUAUGGGCAAUGUAACACAGAAGCCGGACGUGGAACGCUUCACCCGAAAUGGAGCCGUCUUUAAGGAUGGCUCCACUGAGACCUUCGAUCAUGUUAUUUACUGCACUGGCUAUCAGUAUACUUUCCCCUGCCUCAGUACCGAUGUGGGCAUACAAGUGAUUGAUAAUUUCGUACAGCCACUGUGGAAGCACUGCAUCAACAUCAAUAAUCCGACAAUGGCAUUCAUUGGUUUGCCAUUCAAUGUUAUUCCCGCCACUGUAUUUGAUAUGCAAGUAAGAUUCUCAUUAAAAUUCUAUACGGGUAAGGUGGAAUUCCCCUCAAAGGAGGAAAUGUUGGCCAAUCUAGAGAAGGAAACGGGUGAGCGUUGGGACUGCGGCUACUACAAUCGCAAGAAGGCCCAUCAAAUGGGCGAAAGACAGUUUGAAUAUUACAAUGAUCUGACCCGCAUUGCUGGCAUCGAUAACGUACGCCCCGUGGUUCAUAAGGUCAUGAAGGAUUGCGGUAAAAAGUAUAUAUUCGAAUUGGACACAUAUCGCAAUCAUAGAUACACGAUCUUAGACGAUGAGACAUUUGUGAAAACAGCCACAUAACGGUGCAGACAAAACCUCCCAAACUCCUUCAACUCACUUAAAGAAAACUUAAAAUUAUUAGAUAUUAAGUUUGUUUACUUAUAUUCGCAAAUAAAUACCCAUAUUGUAUCAGUAAA